AUGCAUCUUCUCAGUACUUUGUUAUUGGCCUGUCCAUCACAGCCAGGACCCAAAGGGCCAGAUGGCAAGGAUGGAAACAAGGGACCGACUGGAUCACAAGGACCACCAGGACCUCAAGGAGCGAUAGGAGAUCCUGGAGUGCAGGGAUAUCCAGGAGCAAAAGGUAUUCGUGGGCCUCGAGGACA